AUGGCGAGCGGGCUCGAAGUCCUCGGAGCGUUUGCUGCAGCGUCUCAGAUAGCUGAGCAGCUGGUGAGAAUUGUCAAAUCUGUGCAAACCAUUCGAGAUGCGCCGAAGGAGGUGGUUCAGCACAUCGCCUCGCUGCAACAGCUGACGAGCGUUGUGGAAAGCAUCGAGGCCAACCCGUCCUACCAGUCUCGACAGGUGGCCGAAAUCCUGUCAUCGAUUAACACCAAAACCAAUGCCUUAUCGGACAUCCUGGUUAGGCUCCAAGCAGAUCCUGGGGACAGUAACGCGAAUGCUAUCAAAAAAGCACUCAACUCAACCUGGAAUACCGAUAAUGUGGCGAACAAACUCGACCAGAUUGACGGGGACAAAAUGACAUUAGCCUUGUGUCUUGCUCGGAUUGAUGCACAAGUCCAGAGCGAGCAAAUCAGGAACCUUUCUUCCCAGUUGCAAGGUCUCUGCAACUCGAAUAAUACCUCAGCCCCUACCACGGAGCAGUGGCAAGAUUAUUGUCUUGCUGAGCUCUUUAUCACGAAUUCUGCUGACGAUAGAGCCAUGUUGACCCGGACGAAAGGGGAACGCUCGUACGGAACCUGUACUUGGAUCACCGAGCAUCCGAUCUAUCGAUCAUGGAAAGACCCGGCUUGUCAAUCGCCGCUUCUUUGGAUAUCGGGAGGUCCUGGAAAGGGCAAAACAAUCAUGUCAGUCUUCCUGACAGAAGAACUGGAACAGCUUGCAGCGCAAAGUAACACCAACAUGCAACAAGUCUUAUACUUCUUCUGCGACAACAAGGACAACAAAAGAAACAAAGCUUCCUGUGUGAUCAGGGGACUCAUUCUUCAAGUCCUUCUCUCACAUCCCGAUAUGAUAUCUCACUUGCUCCCCGACUUUAAAAUCCAAAAAACCAAUCUGUUCGAAGAGAAUUCGUUUGACAGUCUCUGGAGGAUUUUCGAAAACAUCAUUCGUGAGAUAGACGUGGCAUCCGUCUCCUGUGUGUUGGACGGGAUUGAUGAACUACAAGAUACUUCCCUGGGUACCCUCCUCGCGAAGCUCCGGGAUCUCGUUCUUCCGAAAUUGAAGGUCAUCGCUCUCAGCCGUCACUUCCCGCGGAGCAUAAAAGACGCGCUGGGCCAUUAUCCCACAAUUCGGCUAGACCCAGACUCUGAGAAAGAGGUCAGCAACGAUGUGGACACCUACGUUCGCAGCAAUGUCAAGGAGCUCUCUCGAGUAAAACGAUACCCGCUGGAGUUGGAGCGACAUGUCUUUGAGACUUUGAAGCUCCGGUCAGAAGGGACCUUCCUCUGGAUUUCAUUCGCGGUGGGUAUUCUACGAAAGGUCAGCAUCUCCGAGACAGAAGCCUGCCUCGAUUCCUUACCAGCAGGCCUCUACGAUAUUUACGGCCGUCUGUUGCGGGGGGUCAGCAAGGCCAACUCAAGCCUUGUCGCUGCGAUGCUGCGAUGGGCUACUCUCUCGUUGAGACCAUUGAAGCUUGAAGAACUGGCCACGGUCUUGGCGCCACCCUCUUGUGCAACACUUACUCCCGCCGAAGUAACCAAAGACAGACUCCAACUGUGCUCGGGACUUCUUGUUCUGGAUGGUGAUACGGUGACUUUGGUGCACCAGUCGUUCAAAGAUUACCUUCUCCGCGCAGAGCUUGAUGGCGACCCGGUCCUUGAAUAUUACAAAAUUGACCCAGAUAAGGCAAACUCCGAGAUUGCGGUAAAAUGCCUGGAGUUCCUGAGCAAGGAGAGGCCGUCCGCAAGUGUCUUCAGCAAUGCUUUGGAUUGCGAGCGGCUCCGGCUCCAACGCGACGUCACCUUCCUGAGCUAUGCUACCGCAUACUGGCCGCUGCACGCGCGAGCUUCUCCCUCUUUUGGGCCAGAAAACCAUAGUACAUUCAGUUUCUUCUUCAGUCAAAAGGAAGCUACCGGAACGUCAUGGUUCGUUGAGUACAUGUCGCGACUUGGUUAUUACUUUGACAAGAACUUCUUGCACGAUGUCUUCCAUUCUUCGAACGCGCUAUUCAUGGUUGCGACAGCACUGCUGAUCUCCACCCUAGCACUGAAGUAUUGGCACAGGCCCGGAACAUUUGGGAAGCUGAUACUAUUCCGGCAGCACGACAGGAUGUUGAGCCUGGCGUUCUCGAUCGCCGUAUUGUCAGGAAAUAUGGAGAUUGCUCGCUUUCUACUGAGUCAUGGUGCGCACGUCAAUAACGCCUACAAACGCGAUAAUACCUCUAUCGCUGCUGGCACGCCACUCCACCUCGCAGCAGUUCAUGAUCGAGAAGAUGUGGUGAAGUUGCUCGUGUCAAGGUCUGCGAACCUAGAGGCAAAAGAUCAUAAUGGCAAGACGCCGCUCCAUCAAGCUAUUUCUUCAAAUCGCUCGUCGGAUUUUAUGCUGCAGCUUCUGCUUAGGGCUGGGGCGGACACCGCAGCCCGGGACCUUCAAGGCUGGACCCCGCUCCAUACCGCCUGCUACCGUUCCGAUGAUUCCGCAACGAGGAUCUUACUCGAGGCUGGCGCAAAUGUAAAUGCAAUCGACAAAGGAGGUUGGACACCUUUGCACGUGGCAGCCACGCAAUUCGACAACCAUCUUGCAAGAGUAUUGAUCGAUUGCGGCGCAAAUGUUAACUCUCGGACCAAAAUCGGCGAGACGCCGCUUCAUUUCGCAUCCAUCACAGCUAGUCCAGGUCUUUUGGCAAUGCUUCUGCACCAAGGCGCGGACAUCAAAGCCCUUGACAACACUGGAAAGACCGCGACAGAGAAUCUGCAAUACAUGUUUGAUCUUGGACUGGUCAAGCGGUUUGGCCCGCAGCAUGUCAGGGAUUCCGCUUUAGUGGAGGUGAGGGACAAGCUUGAGAUGUUGCAGGCGGUUGAAGAAGGCAGGCUCCCGCCAGUCGCAGCAUGCAGUCGCAGCAUGAACCGAUCAUCGGUGGCACAAUACUCGGCUCCUCCAGCAAGACUUGACGAGCAUCGACUCCACGGAAUCAUGACCCUUUAA